AUGAUUCUGUAUGCUCUAAUUUCGAAAGGAAACUUAGUCUUAUCAGAAUAUACAGAAUUGGAAGGUGAUUUUACAGAAAUGGCUCGAAUAGUCCUCAAAAGUGUUAACCCCAAUUAGUAUAAAUAAAUAUUUAGUAAAGUAUAUGAUGGUAAAAUGUAGAAUGAAUAUGUCUUUUGUAUUACAUGCUUUUCCAAUCUUAGAUUUCUAUGUAUGAUCCAUAAUACUAGCAACAAAGAAAAAGCUUUUGCUUUUCUUGAAGCUGUCCUAUAAGAAUAUUAAAAUUCUUCUAAAAGUAUAAUCACUUACCGAAUUUUAGAUCCAGAUUUUAAUCAUGGCUAAUUCUCUGGUCAAUUAUCACGUAUGAUGAAAGGCUUUAAUCAAUUAGAUCAAAAAGAUGCUUUGACUAAUCUUGAACAAACUGUUGAAGAUCUAAAUGAAUCUGCUUUUCAAAAUCUUCGUAAAAUGAUUGGUAUUCUAUCAUUUAUUAUCUUAUUUAUAGAAAGAGAAGUUAAACUUGAUGUAUUAGUCUAAAAGACUGAAGAAUUGACCAAAAAUGCUGAUAUUAUCUUUAAAUAUAGUAGAAAUGUUCAUAGAGCAACUAGAGGUAAUGAAUUUAGAUUUGGAGGUAAAGUUUUGAUUUUAUCCUUGCUCAUCUUUGCUUUUUUGAGCUUAUACAUCUAUUAUCAAAUUUGA